GAACACAUGUUCCAAAGCUAACACCUGAGAUAGUACUAUCUUCACUAGAUUUGCAGUCUCUUCGCAAAACAAAAACUCCUCUCUGCGGAUCGAUCGAUGGCGGAUGCGGCCAAUAAGUGGGCUUUUCUCCCGGUGGGGAUUAUUUGCACCAUUGUAAACUUCUUCUUGUUAAACGAAGACAUGGAUACCUACAUGGCAUUGCGCGGCGUGUGCCGUUCCUGGCGCAACGCUACUGCCGGCCCCGCGGUUGACGGCACCAUGGUGGACGGCGCCACAGACCCCCUCUUCAUGCUCAGCAAGUGGGCAAUGGUCACGCAAUCCCUUCGCGCGGACGCCGGCGUCACGCUCGUCAACCUCAGCACGGGCCGUUUCCUGUCCAAGAGGAUCCCGCUGCUACUCAGGUACUUCUUCCUCGGUGCCACGGGAGGCGGCCUCCUCGUCCUAGGGGAGCGAGAGCCGCCGCACCUGAUGCGGGUGUUCAACCCCCUCACGGGCGCCAUGGCACGCUUCAACCUUCCCGUUGUCCGGUCGGAGGUUGCCGCGGUCGCCGUCACGCCGUCACCAUUAAUGGUGUUCAUCUCCGUCCGGCACGAGGUUCUACCAACGGCGGUUCACGGCAAUUUACCCUCAGGAUGCUAUCAACAUGACGCCCUUCGACGGCAAUGUGCACCUGACCAACUGGGGAUCCAUUAUCUCCACCUUCCAGCGUGUCGUCGUCGACGGCGCCGGAACGACACGGUCCGCGCAGACUAUCGGCAUUGCCACCACCAUUCCUCCCCUAUCAUCAGCUGGUACCAGCCUUUUCUAUCUGGUGGAGUCCGCUGGGGAGCUCCUGCUUGUGACUAA